CAAUAUCAACCUGGCCAGCAUGGGCCUUCAAGGAACACCCAACGUGGCUGCCUUUGCCCCUCUUGAAUAUCUGGAAUCCAUCAGCCUCCAAAACAACUCUCUUGUGGGUCCCAUACCGGCUUUCAAUCUUGUCCCCAGUCUGAAAGCUAUCUACGCUUCCAAGAAUCAGUUUACGGGGGUCAUCCCCCCUGACUACUUCCAACCCUUGGGGUCUUUGAAAAGGAUCUGGCUAUCCGAUAACAAAUUCUCCGGCCCCAUCCCCAAGUCGCUACAGGACUUGACGUAUCUCAGGGAGCUUCAUUUAGAGAACAACGAAUUCUCCGGUCCCAUCCCCGACUUUUCGGAAUCAGUAGAUGCGUUGAAUGCCCUUGACCUCUCCAACAACAAACUGGAAGGUCCGAUUCCAAGGCCUUUAAACAGGUUCGACAAGGAAGCCUUUGACAACAACCCUGACCUAUGCGGCCCAAAGGCCUCCAAAGACUGCCCGGCCACUUCCCAACCAGUUUUGGCCAAGAAACUGUUGAUCGCGGCUAUAGUCGUGGCCUUUCUGUUACUCGUCAUGUCCUUGAAAGAUAAAAGAAAAGAAGAAAACAUGAGGAUCUUACGUAAACAAAAUAAUUAUGAUCACGAAGCAGCUGCUAACACUGUGGUUACCAUCCCAAGCAGCAGCAUCAAUAAUAGUUCAAGGAAGAGCAGUAGUAGAAAAGGCGGUUAUAGCAGCCUGCAGAUGGUGAAAAGCAAGAGCAAGGUUAAAUCCGGGCCGGUGGGUGAGCUUGUGAUGGUGAAUCAAGCAGUAGAAAAAGGCAUUCAUUUCAAGUCAGAGGAUUUGAUGAAGGCUUCAGCGGAGGUGCUAGGGAAUGGGGCAUUAGGAUCCGCUUAUAAGGCGAUGUUGGAGAACGGAGGAGGAGUGUCGUCGGUUGUACUCAAAAAAAUCAAACACAUGAACACGAUGAGUAAAGAUGUGUUUGACGCAGAGAUGAGGAAGCUAGGGAGGUUGAAGCACCACAACAUAUUGACCCCCUUGGCAUAUCAUUUCCGGAAAGAAGACAAGUUUCUAGUUUAUGAAUAUGUCCCCAAUGGCAGCCUGCACAAUCUUUUGCACGGUGCGAUUAAGCAGUCUGAGUUAAGCUGGCCCAACCGAUUAAAGAUGAUAAAAGGAGUUGCUAGAGGAAUGGGGUAUCUUCAUUCAGAGCUUGCUUCGUAUGAUUUGCCCCAUGGAAAUCUCAAGUCAUGCAAUGUACUCAUGGGACCAAACUAUGAACCGCUUCUAUCUGAUUAUGCGCUUCACCCCUUGAUCAAUGCCACACUCGCGGCCCAAUCCAUGUUUGCGUAUAGAUCUCCUGAAGCCAUGCACCGCCAACAAGUUUCCCAUAAAAGCGACGUGUAUUGCCUUGGAAUCGUGAUUCUUGAAAUGGUUACGGGGAAAUAUCCAUCUCAGUAUCUAAUGAUUCAUAACAACAACCAAAAAGGUGAGAGCGGGACGGAUGUGGUUCAGUGGGUGCGAUCGGCUCUUGAUGAAAAGAGGGAAGGGGAGCUGAUUGAUCCAGAUUUGCUUACCCAUGUGGGCCAAAUACAGAAGCUUCUUCACAUUGGAGCUGCUUGUACCGAAACCGAGGUUGAUACAAGAAUCGACAUAAAGGAAGCAUUAAAAAGGAUAGAGGAUAUAUGA